CUUGUCAUGUAGCACUAGCUUCACAGCGCGGAGAGAGAGAGAGAGCGAGGCUCGGCCAUUUACAAAGAAGCAAAUGGUUAGAGGUUUAGGGUUUUUGGGGGACGGGCGCAUAGUAAACAGCAAUAGAAAAGGAAAGUUUAUUUUGAUUCGGGUUGAAGAAAUAUUUUAUAGUUUUCCUUUAUCAUGUAAAAAUUUGUCUGCUUUUCUUUAUUUUUGUUUCAUUUUCCAAGCUCCAUUACACUAAAGUGUAGAGCAUAAUAGUCUAGUGAUACAAACACAAAACCACGACACUCACACACUCUCCACUCUUUAAUGAGCCCAAACCCCACCCACCCCCCCUCCUCCUUCUCUUUACUGCUCUUUCAUUGGUAACAGUAACAGCACAGCAUGGCAUCAGUUGACAGGCGCCGUUUCUCUCUCUCUCUCUCUCUCUGUCUGCUAUCAUAGUUAGUCCACCUCUAUCUUUAUAAACCCUGGCCAAACACUCCCUGUCUCUCUCAUCGAAAUUCGAAUACGAAAAGAAAUCAUGCUGGUUUCUUCACAUCUACUUCCUCACUGGCUUCAAGUUCUUCUCACAGAGAAGUUCUUCAACGCUUGUAUAAUUCACGAAGAAGCAAAGAAAAAUGAAAAGAACAUAUUUUGCUUGGACUGUUGCAUCAGUAUCUGCCCUCACUGCUUGUCUCCUCACAGCUCUCAUCGACUCUUGCAGAUAAGAAGGUAUGUAUAUCACGACGUUAUAAGGUUGGGCGACGCUCAGAAGCUGUUCGACUGCGCUUUUGUUCAAUCCUACACCACUAACAGUGCAAAAGUGAUAUUUUUAAACCCGAGGCCGCAAACAAGACAAUUCAGAGGCUCCGGCAAUGUCUGCGGCAACUGUGACAGAAGUCUACAAGACCCUUAUCUCUUCUGCUCUCUUUCCUGCAAGAUCGAUUGUAUCGUUAGAACAAAAGGUGUGGGUGGGCUUUCAAGUUUCCUCUUUGAUUGCAAGUUUUUGUCCUUGCCCGAGUCGGGUUCAGACGACGGUUUUAUGACUCCAGACUCGGUGCUUGAACCGGCUGCCUCAAACCGGACAUCUUCUAGUUCAGGUGGGUAUGGUGGGGUUGGGUGCAGGACAAUUGCUUGCACUGCUACAACUGAAAUUGUGAGAAAGAAAAGGAGUAGUUUAUCGGCUUGCCGGCCAAUAUUCCCACGGAUAUCUGAAAUAUCGGCUGGUUUGAUGAACCGAAGAAAGAAGACUCCAAACCGGGCUCCGCUUUAUUGAAUAGCGUAGAACGGCGACCAGGCGAGGGGGAUAGAGAGAGCGGAUGGUUGGGGAGGAGGUGGUAGAAUUGGUAUUUUAUUGUUUAUAGGAGGGUAGUUUGGGGACAAGGGAUGAAUCCUCCCAAAUUUUGUCUAGGAGUUUCUCUCUCAUGGUCUAGGGGUUGGUUCUGGCAAAUCAAAUUAUUCAAUGGCUCUUUUUUCCUUCUUUUAGCAGACUUUGGCAACUGUAAUAGUGACCAGAGGACCCUGUUUUGCUCCCUUUUCUUCUCCCCCUCCCCCCUAUUGAUUACAAGUUAUUGAAUUUUCUGUACCUUUUCUAA